CUGGCCAGUGGGACCCACGGGCUAACCUGCUGGGAUUAAACCCCUACCCUGCGGCCGACGCUCCCUCCCGACCCAAACCCCCUCGCCGCGGCGGCGCCUCUCCGAUGGACGCCUCCGACGAGCUCCGGUCGCUGGAGGCCACGGGGAUCUACCGCCUCGCAGGCUCUCCCGCCGCCUUCGUCGACCCGGUGCGCCUCCUCGGCGAAUCCUACCGGCGCUUCCGCCUCGUCCCGUCGGCGUACUACUCCCGAAGCUUCGGCCCGUCGCGGCAGGGAGGCGAAGGGACGGCGCCGUCUCCCGACCGGAAGAAGCGCAAGCGGAAGCGCCAGCCGAAGCCCCGGGAACUCAACGCCGUGGAGCGGAUCGCAGAAGCGCGGCACCAGGAAGCAAGGCCUUUGCUAAUUAGGGCCCAUAAUUCACUCCUCGAGACGAAAGAUCUACUGGAAUUCCUUCCGGGGAUGAUCAAGGGAGAUGAAUGCCUGCCAAAUGUUGAAACUAGUUCUGAGAACAAUUUUGUUGAGCUUGGGGCCUCAUGGCGAGCACCUUUCUACGAGAUGACUAUCUGCUUUCAGAAGCCUCUUGGUCAGGUCAAGGCAGGUACCUGCAAUGUCCAAAAGAGAUCCAGUCCAUUAUUUAAUAGGAUAGUCAGUGUUGAAGAAAACGAUGAGGCAGAAGGAGAAUUUCAGAGUAGACUUUAUAUUUUACCAAAAGGAAGUUGCUUCAUGAUGACUGACUUCACACAUGUUCGUGAUCUCAUUCCUGAUAAUCCUAAUAUAGGGUACAACCUUAUAGUUAUUGACCCACCUUGGGAGAAUGGAUGUGUUCGCCAGAAAGAAGUGUAUCCUACACUUCCCAAUAGAAAUUUGUUGUAUCUUCCAGUUCAAGAACUUGCACAUCCAGCUGGAGCUCUUCUAGUUUUGUGGAUUACAAAUCGGGAGAAACUGCGAAGAUUUGUUGAGGAAGAAUUGCUUCCAUCUUGGGGGGUCAAAGACCCCACGGAGUUUUAUUGGCUGAAGGUGAAGUCGGAUGGUUCACUGAUUGGCGAUCUAGACUUGUUCCAUCACAGGCCUUAUGAGUGUCUCCUUCUUGGCUACAUCAACGUUAAUAGAGAAGCUGAGUCAGGAUCGAAGUUUAAGGUUCUACAAGGCAGCCAAGUAAUUAUGAGUGUUCCGGGUGCACACUCAAGGAAACCUCCUCUUCAGAAAAUUCUUUCAGAAUAUAUUCCUGGUCCGAAGCCUCCAAGGUGCAUAGAGCUUUUUGCAAGAGAAUUGGGUUCCGGAUGGACCUCGUGGGGAAACGAGCCGCUCCAUUUCCAGGAUUCAAUGUACUUUUCAAAGAAGUAAAUUGAUACUACUAGACAAGAGCAUGGUGGUGAUGAACACCUGCUGCUGGAUUUCGCAUAGCGCUACACUGCAUUUUGGACACUGGUUACCACUUACCACUAGUUGGUACGGAAUGGCAAGUUGGCAACUAACGAGGUGCAGUUUUGUCAAAAGUUGGUAGGUUCGAUUUGAACUAGUCUCUAAGCUUGACUGAAGGACGAUCCACAUUACAGUGCCGUUCACCACAGAACUGUAUCCCGCUGCUGCUUCUGUUCCCUGCUGCAGUGAUCAAAAGUUGCCACCAAAAACUUGAAUUGUGCUCAAGGUCUUAGUGACUGGUCUGUCGAUCUAACAUGAACCCUGGUCCAUUCUUGAAGGGAACAUUUGGAUGUAGAUUGUUCAUCCUCUUGGAGCAAAACGAUUCCCUGGUGCUGAAAGAUACUGGGACCAA